CUCAAAGGGAAAGCAACAUGAAGUUCUCCAUCAUCUUUGCGGUCUUCCUAGCCAUCUGCUGUGCUCUGGCUGUGGCUACGCCUGGCAAGCCGAGACCUUACAGCCCACGUCCAACAUCCCAUCCACGUCCAAUUCGUGUGCGUCGGGAUAUCAAUCUUCCAUUGGAACAGGGCCAGCAGAUCAAUUAAAUUGAAUCAAAUGGAAUAUAUUCCUAAUCAUGUACACAAUAUAUUUUCAUACAAAAUAAAAUGAUGUGUAUAUAGCUGCAA